AUGGAGGUUAGGACCAACAAAGGUCGACAGAGAAUUGAGAUUCGCAAAAUACAAGAUGACAAUAAGAGACAGGUUACAUUCUCUAAAAGGAGGUCUGGCCUUUUCAAGAAGGCUAGUGAGCUUUCCAUCCUUAGUGGCGCAGAGAUUGCGGUAAUAGUAGAGUCACCUGGCCGAAAGACUUUCUCUUUCGGCCAUCCUUCUGUGCUUACAGUUCUAGAUCGUUAUGAGAAUGAGAACCCUCCCAUUGCAAAUAAUGACAACACUGAGCAGCUCAUGGAGGUUGUACGCAGAAGAAAAAUGGAGGAUCUCAUGACGGAGUUGGCUUCUAUCAAUGAAGACUUGGACAUGGAGCUAAUAAAGAGUCAGCAGCUUAGUCAACAAGAGACGGUCCGCCAAGCUCAACACUGGUACGAGAGGUUUGUUGACGGAAUGAACGACAAAGAACAACUAAAUUUUUUUAGGAAUACAUUGAGGGAGCUACGCGGUAAGGUCGCCCAACAUAUUGAAAUGCUGCAACAAGAACAAGAUGAGAUGACGCAGCAAAACACUACAAUAUUGGCAGCUAGUGGGCCAUUUGGGGACUUCAUGCAGCCGAGUGGGGUCGUUGCUAGGCCGCUUUAUAGGGGCGAGUCAUCAAGCCACAACACAAUCAAUCUCAAUGAUGUUAUGUUUCCUUCUCCUCAUCUUCACCCUGCUGGACCAUUGAAUCCGAAUCUCGGAACUCCACCGUUUUUCUAA